UACGCAGGAAGAUAAUUCUUAAUUACACACUUUCCAGAAAUUGGACCCAACCAUUUUUUUUCAGACAUUAUUAUUUCACAGGAUUAGUUGCUCAAUCAUUUGAGCUUCUUAAAGGCUUUGAAAGCCUGUGGUCCUCUUGACUGUCGCCCUUUAUUCUUGAAGCCAUGUGUAGUGGGACUUUAGAAAGUAAGCCACACGCCCAACACCUGUGGUACACCCCUCUGUGAACUAUUUCAGAAAUCGAUUUCUACUGAUUUAUUGCGAAGUAUUUAAAAUACGACAGAAAAGCACUCAAUCCAUUCACACUCUUAAGGUCAGAAUGGGAGGAGUCCAGGCUAAAUCACGAAACAAGAAUUUGCAUUCAAGUGAUGUAGCUUCAGACACUGUUGAUGGUGCAUACGCUGCUUUUGACGAAAUUCCAGAUGACAUUAUACUGGAAGUUUUUCUUCGACUUCCGCUCACUGACCUGAAAUCAUGUUUCAAGGUCUGUAAGAGAUUUGCAGCUCUUCUUGACAUGAGGGGUUUUUGGCUACAGAAAUGUGUACGGGACUUUAAGUUUUCAAAGAAUCUAUUACAUUCCUUGAGUGAAGAAGAAGAUCUCCGAAGGCUGUAUAUAAAGAGACCAUACGAGAGGAACUUGAUAAAAAACUGUGAUGCAUCACAAGAUAUGAAGCACUGGAAGGUGACAAAGUCAGGGGGAGAUGGUUGGCAGGUAGAAAAAGAACCUAUAGGCUCUCAUCCAUUGUCCCAAUUUACUCGCACAGAUGGUCCAGUUGGGUGCUGGGCCACCUCAUAUGGGUGCUGCCAUAAAUACCAGAUUAUAGAUUUACUUGAAGUAGGCUGCAGUGAACAUGUCCUUGACGCUGUGAGGCCCAGCAUUCGAGUAUCAGAGUGGUAUGCAGCAAGGUUUGAUUGCGCAGCCAAAUAUGUUCUGAAAGUAGCAUUGCUUAAAGACAAUAAGAAGGAGUUGUUUUGGAAGCAGAGAAUAUCAGAAAACUGCUUAUAUGUUGCCAAAGAAAUUCUUUCAGCAGGUCGAGACUGGUUCAAAGCUGAGCACGUGUUUAAAGACUACCCAGCAGGUGUGCGGUACAUUGGCUUCUUUCACAAGGGGAAGGACAUGCAGUUCUGGAAAGGACACUUUGGGGCCAAGUUCACCCUUGGCUCAGUUGUCAUUGACUUCAGUCAUACAGCAUUUACAGAAUGAAAGAACGUGAUACUCAGUCCAACACUCACACGUCUUCAUAAAUGUAUAUAUACAUAUUAAUUCUAGCUUUAAACUUACUUAUUAAGACAUAUUUGAGCUCAGCAGUGCAAUACACAGGGUUUGUUCAAACAUGUGUUUGAGCCUUUUUUUCCAGUUGUGCAUUUAGCCCCUUUGUUUUUGAUAUUAUGUAACUCUUUAAAGAGGUCCUCUACUAAGAUUAUUAAAUGAUGUCUCUGUAUUGCAAAAAUGUCUGGUAAAUGUUUUUUUUUCAUACUAUAUGGCUCAUAAGAUAUAUAUUUGGACUUUGGUGUCUCACUGUUUUCAUGAAAAACAAUUAAGUGAACAACUGUCACAAUAUGUACAUAGAUGUUAAAUAAAAACUAAACAACUUUGAGGUGAGCGAUAUUAUAAAAUAUAGUGCAGUGUUUAUUAUAGAUAUUUUCAGUCUAGUAACUGAUACAGAGGUGCUUAAAUGUGAUAUGGUUAUAAUAUCACCUGAUAGUAUAACAUAGAUUUCAGUAUGAAUAUUUGGUGUAUAAGACCCACACAUGAUAUAUUUGGUAUCUAACUUUUGUUUAUAUUAUCCCAUAGCAGUUAAAACUGGCCACAAGCUAGAAUCAGGUUUUUUUUAAAUGCUAUAAAAUAUAUAAUUUUGUUAAAUAUAGCGCAAUAUGUAAUAUAAGUAUUUGUUAUUUAGUAAAUUAAAGAGUGUUUCUCAAAUGUGUUAAUGUUAUACUUUUCCUCAUAGUAUAAAAUAGAGUGACUGUGAAUAUGUGAUGUAAACUUUCCCAUUGUUAAGCACAAAAUGAUGUCUUUUCUGAAAUCCUCUUCGUCAUGUAAACUUGUAUCCAUGGGAUAAAACUGUAAAAUAUAUUGAUGUUGAACACCUUGAAAUAUGUGAUGAUUAAUACAGUCAUAACACUCACAUAUUUUAUGGAACGUUAAAUUUUGUCUGGUCUAGAGACCCUUUUUAGCUCACCUGAGCACAAUGUGCUCAUGGUGAGCUUUUGUGAUCGCUUUUUGUCCGUCUUGCGUGAUGCGCCAUCAACAUUUGCCUUGUUAACUCGCCACAUAUAUUGUCCAAUCUUCAUGAAAUUUGGUCAGAAGAUUGGUCUCAAUUAUCUCUUGGAUGAGUUCGAAAAUGGUAACGUUUGCUUGAAAAACAUGGCUGCCAAGUGGGGGGGCAUUUUUCCUAAUAUGGCUAUAUAUGGCUAUAGUAAAAUCUUGUUAACACUCUAGAGGCUACAUUUAUUGUCUGAUCUUCAUGAAACUUGGUCAGAAGAUUCACCCCAAUAAUAUCUUGGACGAGUUCGAAAAUGAUGCCUGUUGGUUGAAAAACAUGGCCGCCAGGGGGCAGGGCAUUUUUCCUAAUAUGGCUAUAGUAAAACCUUGUUAACACUCUAGAGGCCACAUUUAUUUUCCGAUUUUCAUGAAACUUGGUCAGAAGAUUUGUCCCAUUGAUAUCUUGGAUGAGUGUAGAAAUGGUAACCUUUGCUUGAAAAACAUGGCUACCAAGGGGCGGGGCAUUUUUCCUUAUAUGGCUAUAUAUGGCUAUAGUAAAAUCUUGUUAACACUCUAGAGGCCACAUUUAUUGUCCAAUCUUCAUGAAACUUGGUCAGAAGAUUCAUCCCAACAAUAUCUUGGACGAGUUUAAAAAUGAUGCACUUUGGUUGAAAAACAUGGCCGCUAGGGGGCGGGGCAUUUUUCCUUAUAUGGCAAUAGUUAAACCUUGUUAACACUCUAGAGGCAACAUUUAUUGUCCAAUCUUCAUGAAAUAUGGUCAGAAGAUUUGUCUUAUCGAUAUCAUGGAUGAGUUAGAAAAUGGUUACGUUUGCUUGAAAAACAUGGCUGCCAAGGGGCGGGGCAUUUUUCCUUAUAUGGCUAUAGUAAAAUCUUGUUAACACUCUAGAGGCCACAUUAAUUGUCCAAUCCUCAUGAAACUUGGUCAGAAGAUUCAUCCCAAUAAUUUAUUGGAUGAGUUCAGAAAUGAUGCACUUUGGUCUAAAAACAUGGCCGCCAGGGGGCGGGGCAUUUUUCCUGAUAUUGCUAUAGUUAAACCUUGUUUACACUCUAGAGGCCAUAUUUAUUGUCCAAUCUUCAUGAAAUGUGGUCAGAAGAUUUGAUAUCAUGCAUGAGUUCGAAAAUGGUUAUGUUUGCUUGAAAAACAUGGCUGCCAAGGGGCGGGGCAUUUUUCCUUACAUGGCUUUAUAUGGCUAAUGUAAAAUCUUGUUUACACUCUAGAGGCCACAUUUAAAGUCCGAUCUUCAUGAAACUUGGUCAGAAGAUUCAUCCCAAUAAUAUCUUGGACAAGUUCAAAAAUGAUGUCGGUUGGUUGAAAAACAUGGCCACCUUGGGGGCGGGGCAUUUUUCCUUAUUUGGCUAUAGUAAAACUUUGUUAGCACUCCAUAGGUCACAUUUAUUUUCCGAUCAUCAUGAAACUUGGUCAGAAGAUUUGUCCCAAUGAUAUCUUGGAUGAGUUCGAAAAAUUAUUUUGGCUGCUUUAAAUACAUGGCCACCAGGGGCGGGGCAUUUUUCCUAAUAUGGCUAUAUAUGGCUUUACUAAAACCUUUUUAACACUCUAGAGGCCACAUUUAUUAUCCAAUCUUCAUGAAAUUUGGUCAGAAGAUUUGUCUCAAUGCUAUUUUGGAUGAGUUUGAAAAUAAUUAUGUUUGCUUGAAAAACAUGGCUUUCAAGGGACGGGGCAUUUUUCCUUAUAUGGCUUUAUUAAAAUCUUGUUAACACUCUAGAGGCCACAUUUACUGUCUGAUCUUCAUGAAACUAGGUCAGAAGAUUCAUCCCGAUAAUAUCUUGGAAGAGUUAAAAUGAUGCCGGUUGGUUGAAAAACAUGGCUGCAAGGGCGGGGCAUUUUUCCUUAUAUGGCUAUAGUAAAACCUUGUUUACACUAUAGAGGCCACAUUUAUUUUCCGACCUUCAUGAAACUUGGUCAGAAGAUUUGCCCCAAUAAUAUCGUGUUGUCUCAGGUGAGCGACUUUGGGCCUUUCAGGCCCUCUUGUUCAUGAAAUAGUAUUUCUUGUUAUUGGCAUAUGGUGCUUUCUUUAAGAUGCCUCCUCUAUGUAUGACAAUUAAAAAAAAUAAGUACAAUCAAAUUAACACAGUACCAAAAUGCUGAAAUAUUAGUGAUUUAAAAAAAAUAUUUUUCAGUAUUUCUAACAGUAAGCACUAUUUUUCAGAAUUAAACACAUAAUCAGUACAAUAUUUUGUUAAAAAUAUUUCAGGUUUAAAUAAACUCCAGCGACAUACAUUUUUUAUUACAGUUUAAUAAUGAUAUUACAAAAACUUGAAAUAUCUUAGUUGGGUCAUAUUAUAUGUAUUACAGGAUGGAUAUUUAAGUUGUACUUAUGUUAGAACUCGUAAAGCUUCAAUAUGUUUAUAUCUACCAAGGCUGUUUCAAUAAGGAAAUAACAAUAUAUUGUGCUAUGCAUUGAAAGUUGGAAAACAAAUAUUGCUUUCUAUUGAAAUAAAUAAAAUGGUGUUUGUAAUCAGUUUACAUUGUGUCAAUGCCAAGAUUAUUAAAACCAAGAUUGUUAAAUAAAACAUAAUAUGUAAUAGUUCGAAAUUAAAAUUCUUUGUUCAAAUAACUCAGUAUUUAUGUUAUAUUGUAAGUUAUAUUAGCCUACUUUAGGCAACACUUAUAUGUGAAAAUGGGUUAUCUUUGGGAGUAAUAAUAAAAUCCUUCAGUAUCAAAUAUGUAACCAUAUAUUUCCGUACCUGAAAAGCAUAAUGCACUACAUUAGAUCUAUAGAAAAUCCAUCUUUCAAUACCAUAAAAUAUUGUUCAGCUAGAGUAUUUACAUGUUCAUGCUGAUAUGUUCACAGUUAACGUUAACUCUGAAAUAAUGUGUGCGUAUUCAUUCAUUGAGAGAGUUUGGGAUUGAAACUAUGAAUCCUAAUAAUAUUUAUCCAACACGAAAUUUUCUGUAUACAUGUAUACAACUGUCAAUUCAUUGUGUUUUCCUUUGAGAUUUGUCUUGUUAUUUCUACACUGUUGGUCAUUUUGUAUAAUCUUUAUAUUACAAGAAUAGGACAUGUAUAUCUUUCGAUUCAUUACUUAGUGUUACAAGUUGUGCAAUCAUAUUUCUAUUUGUUAUUUUGUAUUAAAAACUACCUGUA